CAUAUAUAGCCCGUAAUGCAAUGGCUUAUUCUCAUCACCUUAUCAGUGGAACUUGGAUCGGUGAAGUUAUUAUCUCAGUUUGGGAAAGUCUUCGCUCUCAGUCGUGGUGCAACUCAAGUUAGAGUUGAAAAGUCACGCGGGAGCGAGAAAAAACUAUUAGUGCUAGUUUUCAAGUGGCUGAGAAUGGGAUUCGUGACGUGUGGGCCCAACGAAGCGCUAGUAGUUUCAGGAUGCUGCUACAAUCGCAACCCGCUCCUCGUCGCUGGUGGCCGUGUCUUUGUAUGGCCUUGCCUUCAGCAACUUCAGAGGAUAACGUUGAAUACGAUGACUCUCAAAGUUGAGAGUCCGUCUGUAUAUACCGUCGAAGGUGUUCCCAUUUCAGUAACUGGCAUUGCUCAGGUAAAGGUACAGGGUCAAAAUAAGGAAAUGCUUUUAGUUGCUUGCGAACAGUUCCUCGGCAAGAGCGAAGAAGAAAUUCGACACAUCGCUCAUGAAACUAUGGAAGGUCAUCAACGCGCAAUAAUGGGGACCAUGAGUGUCGAAGAAAUCUAUCGAGAUCGCAAGAAAUUUAGUGAACAAGUUUUCAAAGUGGCUUCGUCCGAUUUGGUCAACAUGGGAAUCACCGUCGUCUCCUACACCAUAAAAGAUAUUUCCGAUGCACACGGCUAUUUGAUGGCACUAGGUAUGGGGAGGACGGCAGAAGUCAAAAGAGACGCGAGAAUCGGAGAAGCCCAAGCGAAAUCUGAUGCCCAAAUUAAAGAGGCCAUCGCCGAAGAGCAGCGCAUGGCCUCACGUUUGGAGAACGACAUUCAAAUUGCCAAAGCUCAACGAGAUUUCGAAGUCAAGAAAGCUGCCUAUGACAAGGAAGUCAACGCAAAGAAAGCGGAAGCCGAACUCGCUUACGAACUUCAAGCUGCCAAAAUUAAACAACAGUUGCGUGAAGAAGAGAUGCAGAUUCAAGUGGUGGAACGCACUCAACAGAUUCUGGUCCAAGAGCAGGAAAUCAUCCGCAAGGAAAAAGAAUUGGAUGCCACUGUUCGUCGCCCGGCAGAAGCGGAGAAAUAUAGAUUGGAAAAAAUAGCGGAAGCCCAUCGACAGCGAACAGUGUUGGAAGCCCAAGCCCAAGCUGAAGCUCUCCGCUUACAGGGUGAAGCCGAGUCUUUUGCAAUUGAAGUCAAGGCUAAAGCAGAAGCCGAGCAAAUGAAGUUGAAAGCCGCAGCUUAUCAACAGUAUAACGAGGCUGCUAUGAUGGACAUGUUGAUGCAAUCGCUUCCAAAGAUGGCCCACGAAAUAGCCACUCCAAUGUCUAAAACGAAGAAAAUCACCAUGGUGACAUCCAACGGCGAAACGGGUGCGGCUAAAUUGACUGGCGAAGUCUUGGAGAUUAUGACAAAGAUGCCGGAAUUGGUCAAAUCACUCACCGGAGUAGAUGUUUCCAAGUCGAUGCGAGGAAUCAAGUAAAAAAAAGUAAAAAGAAGGAAGAAAAUCUGGAUGAAAGAGAGCGCACAAGCGGAAAACGUCUCAUCAAUCAAGUCACUGAGCCGUCAAAAUUUCCUCCCCAAAUUUUAGAUUUUAUCCUCUUUUUCCCCUGUAGACUAUCCAGCAGGAUGUUAUCCAUCUUGACAAAAUGAUGCUAAUAGCCUAAUACAUACAAACGAUUGAAAACUUUUAACAAGGUCUGCCCUCUUUCGUCGUCACAACUUUAACGGUGGUUGAUAACAUUUUAAUGAGUAUGCACGUCCUUGUUUCGUUCCCCUCCAGUCGGUUGUAAAAAUAAAACCAUGAAAACCGUUAA